AUGAUGAGAAAAUGUCAUCUGAACACUUGUCCAGUUGGCGUGGCAACACAGGAUCCCAUUCUCAGACAGAAAUUUGCUGGUAAGCCAGAAUAUGUUGUCAACUAUCUCUUCCUGUUGGCAGAAGAGGUCAGAGGACUGUUGGCUAAAAUGGGUUUCAGAUCUUUACAAGAAGCCAUUGGUAGAGUAGAUAAAGUUAAAUACAGUCCAGAUUCUCAGAAUCCUAAAGCCAAGACCCUUGACUUCUCCAAUAUCUUAAAGAAUGCUCUUGAAAUAAGACCAGGCACUAAUAUAGUUGGUGGAAGCAUGAAACAGAUCUUUGGUACUGAAUUGCGUUUAGAUAAUAAACUGAUUGCUGAGGCUAUGGAUGUUUUGGAAGGGAAAAAAAAGAGUGUUGUCAUAAACAUGAAAGUCACCAAUGAAGAUAGAGCUUUUGCUUCAACCUUGAGUUGGCAAGUUUCAAAGAGAUAUGUAGAAGCUGGUUUACCCCCUAACAGUAUUAUUAUUAAUCUUACUGGUUCUGGUGGACAAAGUUUCUGUGCCUUCAUGGCUAAAGGUAUACAUGUUACAUUAGAAGGUGAUGCUAAUGAUUAUGUUGGAAAGGGAUUGUCAGGUGGUGAGAUUAUUAUAUUCCCGCCAAAAGAUAUGCCGUCUGAUUUUAAAUCAGAAAACAAUAUUAUUGUUGGUAAUGUUUGUUUAUAUGGUGCUACCUCAGGAAAAGCUUUCUUUAGGGGCCAAACUGCUGAGAGAUUCUGUGUGAGAAAUUCUGGAGCUGUAGCUGUUUGUGAGGGAUGUGGAGAUCAUGGUUGUGAAUACAUGACUGGUGGAAGGGUUGUGGUUCUUGGAUUAACGGGUAGAAAUUUUGCUGCUGGUAUGUCUGGUGGUCUUGCUUAUACUUAUGAUAAGUUGAAAUUAUUCACUCAGAGAUGUAAUCAGGAAUCAGUGGCACUGGAACCACUGGAAUUAGAAGAUGAUUUGACAUUUGUUCAUGAUUUAAUCAAAGAAUUCCAAGAGAAGACCAAUUCUCAACAAGCAUUAGAUAUUCUGAAUAACUGGAAUGAAGAAAAACAGCAUUUUAUCAAGGUUUUCCCACAUGAAUAUAGAAGAGCUUUGAAAGAAACUGCUGAAGAAGAGAAAGCAGCUGAAGCCAGUAAAACUCAGAAACCACAAGAGGUUGAAGAUAAACCUGAGAAGAAUGUUCAGGAUAUUGAAGAGACUAUUCCUGAUGAUACUCAGAAUCAGAAAAAUAUACAGAAAGCUCUUGAUAAAACUAGAGGUUUUGUCAAAUAUAACAGAGCUACCUAUCAAUACAGAGACCCUGAUUCUCGUCAGAAAGAUUGGAAUGAAAUCUUCAACCAUAAACAAGUUAAAGAAGGAUUGAGGAUGCAGGCUGCUAGAUGUAUGGAUUGUGGUGUACCAUUCUGUCAAUCUGAUCAUGGUUGUCCUCUCAGUAAUAUUAUACCUAAAUGGAAUGAUUUAGUCUUCCAGAACAAAUGGAGAGAGGCCUUGGAUCAACUUGAGCAGACAAAUAAUUUCCCAGAAUUCACUGGUCGCGUCUGCCCUGCUCCGUGUGAGGGUGCGUGUGUAUUAGGUAUUAACAGUCCAGCAGUCACCAUAAAGAAUAUAGAGAACACAAUUAUUGAUACUGGCUUUGAAAAUGGUUGGAUUGUACCUAGACCACCUAAAGAACGAACUGGUAAAAAAAUAGCUGUUGUUGGUAGUGGACCAUCUGGCUUAGCUGCUGCUGCACAGUUGAAUAAGGCUGGACAUUUAGUAACAGUAUAUGAAAGAAAUGACCGUAUUGGUGGUUUAUUAAGAUAUGGUAUACCAACAAUGAAACUAGGCAAAGAUGUUGUUCAACGUCGUGUAGAUAUCCUAGCUAAAGAAGGUAUUGAAUUUAAGACCAAUACUGAAAUUGGUGUCACUGUACCAGCAGGAGAUCUACUCAAAGAUAAUGAUGCUGUUUUGUUAACAUUGGGUGCUACUUGGCCAAGAGGAUUACCUAUACCAGGUCAUAAUUUGAAUGGAAUCCAUUUUGCUAUGAGUUUCUUAGAAAGAUGGCAGAAGAAACAGAGUGGUAAUGAUAUAGAGUUGUUAAAUUUAGCUGCUAAAGAUAAAGAUAUAGUAAUAAUUGGUGGAGGUGAUACAGGCUGUGAUUGUAUAGCUACAUCAUUAAGACAGGGAGCCAAGAGUAUUACAUCAUUUGAAAUUUUACCAGAACCACCAGUAACAAGAGCUGAUAGUAAUCCAUGGCCAACAUGGCCAAAAAUAUUCAGGGUUGAUUAUGGACAUGAGGAAGUGAAACUCAAAUUUGGGCGUGAUCCAAGAAUCUUCAAUAUCAAGAGCACUGGAUUUUUAGAUGAUGGUAAGGGUAAUGUUUGUGGUGUAAAUACAGUAUUAGUGGAGUGGAAGAAAGAUGAUGCUGGUAGAUGGCAGAUGUCAGACGUACCAGGUUCAGAAAAAACAUACAAGUGUGAUAUGAUUUUAUUAGCAAUGGGUUUCUUGGGACCAGAACGUAAGAUUGUAGAGGAGUUAUCUAUAGAUCUAGAUCCACGUGGUAAUCUACAAACACCAAAACACAAAUAUGCUACCAGUGUUCCAAAAGUGUAUGCUGCUGGGGAUUGCAGAAGGGGCCAAUCUUUAGUUGUGUGGGCCAUAUCAGAGGGUAGACAAGCAGCUAGACAAAUAGAUCUAGAUCUGUGUGGUAAGACCAGUCUAGCAGGACCAGGGGGUAUAGUUAAUGGUCCAUUGUGA